UAUUAUAUGUUCCUGGAGACGUUGCAACAUUGUGUGCUAGAUAACACGCUUUUUUUCGUUUUCUUUUUAUAGUGUUUGGAGCACAUCACUCCUCUUAAACGCCUUUUCUCAAGUUGGUGGGAUGAUUACACUUCCAACAUACAAAACUCAACAAAAGCAAUCACAACUAAAUUGGCAUAUACAAUGUUUUAGUAAUUGAGAGAGACGAUCUGUGGUUUUUCAAAUCACCUACCGGCCAAUUUGUGUACUUCAAGAAAAGAAAGAAGGAAAGAAAAGAAAAGAAAGAAGAAGAAGAAGAAAAACUGGUAUGGCCCAAAGAAAUUAAUUAUUUGAAACAUAAGAAAGAGUUGGAACAAAAAAUGAAAAAGAAAAGGUAAUUUUGAUGAGUGGGGAGUACACGCUUAGCCGGUAGCAGGUUAGAAGAAGCACAUACGUGUAGAUUAUGUGUAAGUCGUCUGAAAAUUUCUCAACAAUUUCUGGAGUUUCUCUUUGUGUAUUGCUAAAACAAAAAGCUCUCUCUUAUGGCUGAUUUUCCUUUCAUCGAUUCCAUAAAACCCAACUCUCCUCCCCUCUCACUAAUUUUCACCACAUCACUUGAAAUUUCUCAAAUAUUUGAUUUUCAAGUUGUGGGCUUUUUCUUUGGAAAAAGAAAGAGAAAUAGAUCGCAAAGGCAUCGACAACAUGAACAACAACAACAACAAAUCUCCUUACGAUGACUGGAACUCUCCGCCCAGCAAAAGAGCUUGCUUUUCUCUUCAGACUAGUUUUGAAGAUGGAUCUGUAGCUGUUGAGCAUGGGUUUGCUGAAAUUCUAUCUUCAAUGAUGAAACCAGUUGUGAAAGAAUUGGUAAGGGUGGAAAUGGAAAAAGUCUUGGAAGUUCACUUCCCUCCCCAUCUUUUAGAAUCACUGAGAAAAGGAAAGGGGAAAGGAGAGGAAGUAACUAAUGAGGGUGGAAUAGGGAAGUACAAGUUAGUGUUUUUGAAUGAACCAGCUUCCGUCAUUUUCACCAACAACCAAAUAAAAGCAGAAAAUGGUGAGCCUUUGCAAGUUGCCAUUAUUGAUGCCACAACUAAUGUCAUUAUCUGCUUUGGCCUUCUUGCUUCGGCCGAAGUCGAGUUCUUACUUCUUGAUGGUGAUUAUGGUGGCUCGGGUGAACAACAACAUUGUUAUGCUUUGUCUGCAAGAGAUGGCAAAAGGCCUUUAAUGGUUGGUAAAGAUCUCAUCCUCACGUUGCAAGAUGGGGUUGCAUCCAUUCUCUCUUUGUCCAUCACCGACAACUCCAGUUGGAUCAAAUCCAAGAAAUUCCGCUUGGCAUUCAAGGUUAAAGAUGAUAAAAUGUUUCCACCAAUUGGCAUGGCUGUCUCCCAACCUUUUAGAGUCAUGGAUCAUCGUGGCGAAGUGAACAAGAAGCACCACCCUCCAAGUAGCGAAGAUGAAGUAUGGCGAUUGGAAGGGAUUGGAAAAGAUGGCACGUAUCACAAAAGUUUGUCUUCGCAUGAUAUAAAAAACGUGGGUGACUUCUUGAAGGCAUAUGAAAAAAAUGGUACCAAUUUGAAAAAGUUGCUUGGUAACAAAGUCCCAAAGAAAACAUGGGAAAUGAUGGUUGCUCAUGCAAAGGAGUGUGUCAAUCCUCCCACUUACGAACAAAUCCCAAAGGUAAAUGAGUGGCCAUGCAAAGUGAUCAUGGGAUCAGAUGAAUCAUUUUUCAACCAAGACCAUGAAGUUUAUGAGGAAAAGAAGAAUUUAGGUGAAGGGAGCUCUCAGAUUUCAGGGAUGGAGGUCUUUGGUGAAGAAUUUGAAUAUGUGCUUGACGAUGGAGGCUUCUCGCCAUGGGUUCUUGUAGAGGGACUCAGAUCCAACACUAUCAACCACAUUGGACAGAAAAGAUAGCAUUCAAACUCAAGCAAUUCAUACAAAACUAUGAUACGUAGGAUUUCAUUCCUUGCAACUCUCAAAUUAAUCACACCUUGUGAAAGUUUAUUUUUUUGUAUUGAUAUGGAAGAUUGAUAAAUCGAACCUAACUUUAACUUCGUGUUACUGUUUGUUGUGGUUGAUUAAUUUUAUUAAAGGUAAAAUUUGAGUAUCAUGUUGAACAAGUUAAAAA